ACCUCAUCUCAGUUCUCUUUCUCUCUUAGUUCUCCAAAGCCACAAAUGAUGUCUCUCAGGCUAACCUCUUUCACUCACCUCUUCUCCUCACCCUCUACCGCCACCAUUUCUCGCCGUUCUACGGCUAUUCUACGGCGGCGCCGCCACUGUCACCAAUUCAGACCACGAAUACUCGCAGCCACCUUUUCCGUCCAAGGUGCGGCAGCGGAGACCCGGGACCGAGUCGAUAACUCGAAGAACAAAGUCCCCGACCGAAUCAUCACGCCAAGGUCACAGGACUUCAAUGCAUGGUAUCUCGACGUUAUAGCCAGCGCCGAGCUAGCCGAUUACGGUCCGGUUCGCGGCACAAUGGUCAUUCGCCCCUACGGUUACGCCAUAUGGGAAUCGAUUCAGGAGUAUUUGAAUGUGAAGUUAAAGGAGACUGGGCACAGUAACAUGUAUUUUCCUCAGUUUAUCCCAUACUCAUUUAUAGAGAAAGAAGCAAGUCAUGUUGAGGGUUUUAGUCCUGAGUUAGCCCUAGUGACAAUUGGGGGUGGAAAGGAACUUGAAGAGAAGCUUGUGGUCCGACCUACAAGUGAAACCAUUGUGAAUCACAUGUUUACUCAAUGGAUCCAUAGCUACCGUGAUCUUCCUCUCUUGAUUAAUCAGUGGGCAAAUGUCACAAGAUGGGAGAUGCGCACUAAACCAUUUGUGAGAACUCUUGAAUUUCUUUGGCAAGAAGGCCAUACUGCUCAUGGAACUCCAGAAGAGGCAGAAAAUGAGGCUAUACAGAUGAUUGACAUCUACACCAGAUUUGCUUAUGAGCAAGCUGCAAUACCUGUUAUUGCAGGUCGAAAAUCUAAAGUGGAAACAUUUGCUGGUGCUUGUAAGACCUAUACGAUUGAGGCUAUGAUGGGUGACAAGAAAGCAUUACAAGCAGGAACCAGCCACAACCUUGGGCAAAACUUUGCCCGUGCCUUUGGAACACAGUUCACAGAUGAAAAUGGACAAAGGGAAUAUGUUUGGCAGACAUCAUGGGCAAUUAGUACCCGUUUUGUUGGAGGUAUCAUCAUGACACAUGGAGAUGAUGCAGGCCUAAUGCUUCCCCCGAAGAUGGCACCGAUUCAGGUGGUAAUUGUACCCAUUUGGAAGAAGGAUGAUGAGAAAAUGGCAGUUCUGAAUGCAGCAUCAUCUGUAAAAGAAGUUCUUCAAAGCUCUGGGGUUAGAGUUAAACUUGAUGACUCUGAUCAAAGAACCCCUGGGUGGAAAUUCAAUUUUUGGGAGAUGAAGGGAGUUCCUCUUAGAAUUGAAAUUGGUCCUCGUGACGUGUCUAAUGGAAGUGUGGUGAUAUCCAGGAGAGAUAUCCCUGGGAAGCCAGGAAAAGUCUUUGGAAUCUCUAUGGAGCCAUCAAUUUUGCAGGCUUAUGUUAAAGACAAGUUGGAUGAGAUACAGUCUUCUCUUCUGGAAAGGGCUAUUGCAUUUCGAGACAGUAAUAUUAUAGAUGUGAGCACAUACGAUGAUCUUAAAGCUGCAAUAUCACAAGGCAAAUGGGCAAGGGGCCCUUGGUCUGCUAGUGAUGAAGAUGAGUUAAAAGUAAAAGAGGAAACCGGAGCAACUAUCAGGUGUUUUCCUUUUGAACAGCCAGAAGGGAAUAAAAGAUGCUUGAUGACUGGAGAUCCUGCUCAAGAAGUGGCUAUUUUUGCCAAAUCUUACUGACUCUGCAAGCUUGUUUAUUCUUUAAACUCCCAAACAAUAUGAUCUGCAAGCGGGUUCUUGUACUUAAUUUUCUGUUUGAAUUUUUACUGGCUUUUUUGGGAAGUCAAUUUUUUGUUAUAACUUAGUUAAGUUAUUAAGAAAAAUGUAAUAUAUUGAUUCAGUGUAACUUCUAUUCUUUGUCUGUUGUCAUUGUUUAGAAAGAUGAUUGAGAUGAUGCUGUGGAGGAUAGAAUUUGAAGAAUUUAUAUCACUCCAGUUUGAUGAUGUCUCGGUAAUUUAUGGA